GCAGGAACUGUAUUUCACGCACAUGUGUUCUUUAUCGUGAAUGUGUUUUAAUUAAAAAAAAAAAAGUCUGUCAACAGACCGAGCCACAAUGCUUAGUGAUGGUGAAGCUAAAGAACUGCUGUCAUUUCUCACUCUGGAGAUGAGAGCUGAUGUCAAAGGUCAGGCCACGGGUUACAUCCUGGGCCUCACAGGAAACCGGGAUGGGUGCCGGUACCUGAGGUCCAAGCCGGACUUCCUCAAAGCCUUGGUUACUCUGACCCGCGACCCCUCCAUCGCCAUCGUCAAGGACUGUUAUCACGCUCUGAUUAACCUCUCGGCGGAUGAGACUCUUCACCAGCCUUUGAUCAAAGAGACAGACUUACUUGCCAUACUGUUCCAGAACCUCCUAGACCCAGAUUACAUGUUUGCAGAUCGCAUCUGUACUAUCCUCAGUAACCUGAGCCGACACGAGCGGACGUGUAGAGAUGUGUUCAGCGCUCUGCAAGAGCAGGAGAUCGGACUGGACAAAGUGGUGGAGAUCUUCUGCACAGAGGGGUUCAAUAAGAAAGCUUCACUUCAUUAUCUGGGACCCCUGCUGUCCAACCUCACACAGCUGCCCGAGGCACGACACUUCAUCCUGGACAAGGACAGGUGUGUGAUUCAGAGGCUCCUGCCGUACACACAGUACAAGGAAUCGAUCACCAGGCGAGGAGGGGUGGUGGGAACGCUCAGAAAUUGCUGCUUUGACUAUACUCAUCAUGAGUGGUUACUCAGUGAUGCGGUGGAUAUUUUACCGUUCCUUUUAUUACCGUUGGCUGGACCAGAGGAGCUCUCGGAGGAAGAGAAUGAAGGUUUGCCUGUGGACUUGCAGUACUUACCAGAGGAUAAAAAGAGAGAAGAUGAUCCUGAUAUCCGCAAGAUGCUCUUAGAAACCCUGAUGCUUCUUACAGCUACUAAAGUGGGCCGACAGGUUAUAAAGAACAAGAACGUGUAUCCCAUCAUGAGAGAGUUUCACAAAUGGGAGAAGGAUCCACAUGUGAUUUCAUCUUGUGAGAAACUCGUCCAGGUUUUGAUUGGAGACGAGCCGGAGGAGGGAAUGGAGAAUCUGAUGGAGGUGGAGAUCCCCAAAGACGUGGAGGAAAAACUAAAGGAACUGGACACCAAAGAGCAGGAACAAAUGGAAAAGGACGAGCAGGAAUCUGAGAAGCAGCAAAAUGAAUCUCCAGAGGGCCUGGAGAGAUAAACAGACUAAUGAACAAAACUUUACUUUUAAGUUGAAUGUACAGCAUUGAAUAAAAAGAUCUGCAUGAGAACGAAUACCUGAGGAUUAUCGUGGAUAGAAAAUGUUUGAUUUUAAAAGCACCUGGUUAUGGAAGAACAGUUUGUUUCUCUCUGGUUCAGGCUGGUUUAUGUUUUUGACUAGCAGGUGGACACCUGGUAGACCAUCAUCUUGGGUAUGAGAUCAUGUGGUAUGACCAGGUCAUUCAAACUUAUUUAGGUGGUUGUCCACCUAAUCAGCAUGAGCCAGCUACAAACCAGCUAUAAAACUAGCUCUAGCUUCAUUUUCCAGCAGGGUUUAAAACUUUGAAUGCCCAUUAGUUGUAUCCUGGAGCUCAUAAUAAAGACACUUUGUAUCACAAUCUGUAAAACCUAAAUAAAGGGAUUUUCAUACCCCA